UUAGAAUAAAAAACUAUAAUAUUUCGUGUUAAUUUUUUUGCUCAAUGCACACCAAAACUGAAAGAGUACGUUGUGCAGUUUUGGUCAGUUGAUCAGUUUUACAACAUCACAUGGUUAUUUUGUAGCAUAUUUUGAAAAAGAGAAACAAAGACAGGUAUUAUAUAACGGACGCGAUAUCAUAUAACGCAUCAAGAUUGUAAGCAUUGUAAGUAAAAUGUGUUCCAUUAUGUUAAUAUAUAAAGGUCUGGGGCUGGGAGAGGGGCAGUGGCCAGGCACCCACAGGCAUCCACCACAGCCACCACCAGGCGCCCAAGAAGAAAGUCCACUCCACCAAGGAGGCAACAAAGGAGGAGGACAAGAGGGAAUCUACGCAGCUGUCAGCACCUGCUUCUGCAAAAGUGGAAACGAAGCCAAAAAAGCAGCAGGAAAGGACGAAUCUUUAGACAAAAAAAGUGCAAACAAAAAGGAAAAGGGGAGCAGAGGGAAAACAGGUGGAAGCGUGAACCACAAAACUAAAAAAGACUUAUCUGCAGAAAAUGGAGACGCUAAGGAGAGUCCAGCCUCUGAUGAAGUAGGAGAGAAAGAAGCCAAGUCUGACUAAUGUCAUAUGCCAUGUCGUAUCAGUGGUCGUU